CGGACAAUCGUUAAGUUGGGAGGGCACCGGUUGACAUUCUUCACCGCACCCAAAAGAAGGUUUCCCCACCGGUUUCCAUCCAUCGCAAAACCGUUUUUUUCCUCGGUCGAUCGAUUCAAAUUUCCGGUUAACCGGAACGAUUGAAAAGAACAAAUAAAUUCGGUGCCGUAUGUUGAUUAGCGAACUGUGCGCGUCGUGAUUCACAUGGUACUUCGUGUCGAACAGUGCAACUUGUAUGGGUGUACGACGAAUACGUUGUGAUCCGGAAGGUAGAGUCGUUGGAUAGCCCUAGGUUUCCCGGUUUUUGGGGACUCGUACUCGGUUUUUUUGAACGAGGUGCAGUGUUUUUUUCUUAGAGUGAGGUUAAAUACAGUAUGAGCGAACUUGAUUCCCUUAGACAAGAAGCGGAAACCUUAAAAAAUGCCAUCAGGGAUGCACGUAAGGCAGCAUGCGAUACAUCGCUGGUGCUCGCCACGGCAAGUCUCGAACCAAUCGGGAGGGUGCAAAUGCGAACGAGACGCACGCUCCGAGGUCAUUUGGCAAAAAUCUACGCCAUGCACUGGGGUUCCGACUCGCGGAACCUCGUCUCUGCCUCUCAAGAUGGCAAGCUGAUCGUGUGGGAUAGUCACACCACAAACAAGGUGCAUGCGAUACCGUUGCGUUCUAGCUGGGUGAUGACGUGCGCGUACGCUCCAUCUGGAAGUUUCGUCGCCUGCGGUGGUCUGGACAACAUCUGUUCCAUAUACAGCUUAAAAACUCGCGAGGGAAACGUCAGGGUCAGCAGGGAAUUACCUGGUCACACUGGGUAUUUAUCCUGUUGUCGGUUCUUGGAUGAUAACCAAAUCGUUACAAGUUCUGGAGAUAUGAGUUGUGCUUUAUGGGAUAUAGAAACGGGACAACAAGUAACCUCAUUUUUGGGCCAUACCGGCGAUGUAAUGUCGUUAUCUUUAUCGCCAGAUAUGCGUACGUUUGUCUCAGGGGCUUGCGAUGCCUCCGCGAAACUAUGGGAUAUCCGCGAGGGGUUGUGCAAGCAAACUUUCCCUGGUCACGAAUCGGAUAUUAACGCGGUUACUUUCUUCCCGAAUGGAUUUGCGUUUGCAACCGGAUCGGAUGAUGCGACUUGUCGACUGUUUGACGUCCGUGCCGAUCAAGAAUUAGCGAUGUACAGCCACGAUAACAUCAUUUGCGGCAUCACCAGCGUCGCCUUUAGCAAAAGUGGGAGGCUAUUACUUGCGGGUUACGAUGAUUUUAAUUGUAACGUUUGGGAUUCGAUGAAAACUGAGAGAGCCGGUAUUUUGGCUGGACAUGAUAAUCGGGUUAGUUGUUUGGGGGUGACAGAGAAUGGAAUGGCGGUUGGUACAGGUUCUUGGGAUAGCUUCCUUCGUAUUUGGAACUAAGAACGGAGAAACAUUAAGUUGCAAAAAAAAAUAAUUAAAGCAGACACAAAGAUUAAUAAGUUAUUUCAAAAAAAAAUAAUAAAUUAAUAAAAAUGAAAAGAGAAUUUCCAAAGAGAUCGGAAUGAGGAAAAAAAAAUUAUUAGAAAAAUUAAAUAAUCAAGAUGAAAUGAAUGAGGGGGAGGUUAAAUACCUACAUUUAUGCGUAUAUUUAAUGAGAAAAAUUAAUAAGAAUUUUUACAUUAAAUUUAAAGUUUUACAUUUUUGCAUUUAAUAACUUUUUACAUAAAUACGUGUUUAAAUACGAGGUUUUCGUUGGUUAAAAUUGGAUAAUGGAUAUUCUCUGAUCCCCGCAUUUAAUUUUUUCUUUUAAUUUUUUUUUUUUUUUUUUUUUAAGUUGUAAGUGUCAAAAAUGUUUUGUUCGUUGAAGUGUCAUCAUCAGGUUUUUAUAAAAACGCAUCUAUUCAUUUUUUUUUGUAAUGAUUGUAAUAUUUUUUUUAUCUAUAUAUAUUUCUCUUUUUGUUGUUGUUGUUAAGGUAUUUGUUAAUAAAUAAAAAUGAGUAGGAUUUGAGAAAUUACCAAAAAGUUAAACGAA